AUGACAACGGCCAAAACAUGCGGGAAUGAUCGGAGUCAUAUGUCAGUAUUGAGCGAUCUUGCUGUAGUAAGUAAUCUCAGCAGUCUAGCAACUAGACACAGAGCCAACAGAAAACCAUGGAGAUCAGAGGAUAAUGGACAGUCAUCGCGUCAUAAUCAUCGUGGCGCAGUAGUUGAAGGUGAGCAACACACUUCAGCUAGCAUGCCGCAGGAAGAAAGGGACAUUUUGACAAAAGUAGAACAAAACAUUUUUCGUUUGUUUUUCACAUGCCGAUUUUGCUCUUUUGUCAUUUUCAAU